GCUGCUUCUGUUUCCAUGUUGGACAGAUUCAGAAAGGGCAACUUUGUGAUGUGUACAAAUGCCCAUUAUGUGCUCGUGUAUAAGACCAAGAUCAGCUUUACCCCCGGAUAACCAUUAGAGGGGUAGUAUUCCACAGCAUUGGACUACUAGGUGAUUCUGUUUAAAAAGAAAAGGAAGCCAAGCAAAGGCAGCAGUUUGGUUGCUCUGUGGAGGAAAGAAAGGUCAGGCUACAACCAAGAGAUUCAUGUGGAAACAUGACAUCGAGGUUUUCAGUGAAGUUUGAAUGGGAGAGCAGCAACAACAUUCAGGACGCAGGGUUGUAUCUCUUGUGCUAGCUGACAGUUGACAUGGAUGAUGAAGAUGGCCGGUGCUUGCUAGAUGUAAUUUGUGAUCCUCAGGCAUUGAACGAUUUUUUACAUGGAUCUGAAAAGAUUGACAGUGAUGAUCUCUUGGACAACACAGGAGAUGCAGCCAGUGCCUUCUUUGAGGGUGCUGGGCUGCACGUACAAGAAACCUCUGGCAAUCAUCUGAGCACUGAACAGAGCCAGCCCACAACAAGUGUUGACUUAGACUUCCUGGAAGAUGACAUCCUGGGGUCACCUUCAGGGGGCGGGGCCAACCUACAGAACUCAGACCAGCCCUGUGACAUUCUCCAGCAGAGCCUGCAGGAGGCAAACAUCACGGAGCAGACUCUGGAGGCGGAGGCAGAACUGGAUCUGGGGUCUUUUCAGCUCCCUACGCUUCAGCCAGUUGUCCACACUGCCUCUGAUGUCACACCACAGAUUUUCUCUGGUGGAGCUGACCUUAUUGGACUGCAGCAACCUGCGGUCUUGACUCAUCAGGCAUUGGUGCAGCAGUCAGUUGGAGCCGAUGUUGUCAACAAGGCCAUCAGCGUGCAGCCUUUCCUCCAGCAAGUUGGCUUGGGAAACGUCACCAUACAGCCCAUUUCCAACCUUCAAGGGUUGCCAAAUGGGAGUCCCAGUGGAGCACUGGGCAUUGGGCAGAUUCAAGUGGUUGGCCAGCAAGUGAUGGCGAUUAACCAAUCCGCUCAGCAGAUCAUCGCUAAGCAAGUUCAGUCUUCCCAAGUGGCCACCAUGCCAGUUGGAAGUUACAUCACUCAGACAGCAGCAGAACAGCAACAGGUCACCCUUACUUCGGCUGGGGUGUCUCCCCAGAAUGCAGGCCUUGUCAUCCAGAAGAACCUCCCAGCAGUAGCCACAACAACACUGAAUGGAAGCUCCAUGUUUGGGAGUGUAUCUGCUACACAGGGCUCCCAGCCUCUGACAGUCACGUCAAACUUGAGCAGCCCGCUGGUACAGGCCCAAAACGUGAUCAUUCACCGGACACCCACACCAAUUCAACCCAAACCCCCAGGAGUCCUCCAGCAGAAGUUGUAUCAGAUCACCCCUAAAACAUUUUGCCCCAACAAUGCUACCCUUACCAUCCAGAACGAGGCUGCCCUCCAGCAACAGAAGGCCCAGCAGAACCUAACAUUUAUGGCAGGCAAGGCUGGGCAAAAUGUGGUGCUCUCUGGAUUCCCCCCAGGUCUGCCUGCCAACAUGUUCAAGCAGCCCCCGCCACAGCAGCAGGCCCUUAGCAAACCCAUGAGUGUCCACUUGCUGAAUCAAGGCAGCAGUAUUGUUAUCCCAGCGCAGCAUGUCCCCCAGGCAAUGCUACAGGGUCAAAACCAGUUCCUUCUCCCGGGACAGCUCACCGGCACUUCGGCAGUCCAGAUUCCCCAACAGCUGUCAGCCUUGCAGGCUAAUAUGGGUGGCCAGAUCUUAACCACCUCGCAUCCUAGUGGGCAGACUCACAUCAUCACCAGCCAAGGGCCUGGCGGGCAGCUAAUAACGAAUCAAGCGCUGCCUGCCCAAAUCCUCACCAAUCAAAACCUGGCAAGCCAACUAAACCUGGGGCAGGUACUGACGUCGCAGAAUGCACAUGGCACUGCCCACAUUCUCUCUGCUCCUAUCCAGUUGCAACCUGGACAGGUUGGCCAGCCGACACUCUUCCAGAUGCCUGUCUCUCUAGCCGGUAGCCUGACAACUCAGAGUCAGCCCACCAUCACAGCCUCCCUGGCCAGCGGUGCCAUUAAUCAGACAGGUCAGACUGUUAUCCAAGGAGUCACCCUGCCUAACCAAGUGGCUAUGUUGAAUGCCACCGAGAACCUCAACCAAACUGUGACCAUCCAAGCACCCCCUAGUGCCAGCAGCCAGAGCCCAGGUCUCAUUCAGCCACAGCCGACCUCCAGCACCAACCUGCUGCCAAGCAGCGACCAAGCCAACAUAUUAACCGUCCAGUCCACUUCCCAGUCCUCGGCUCCUUCCCAGCUUCAGCUGAAUGUACAGCAGCAAACUCCGCCACCUCAGCAGCCAGCACAGCUACCCGUGACUUCGCAGCCCAGUCCCAGCUUGGUGGCAUCUAGUCCUGAAAAGAUUAUCUUGGGCCAGGCAGCUGCUGGAACCAUCAUCUCCCAGGAUUCUAUGCAGAUGUUCCUGCAGCAGAAGGAUCGGAGCCAGCAGCAGCAACAGCAGCAGCAGCAGCAGCAAUUUUAUUCACCAGCCCUGAAAAUGCAGCAGGAGAGCAGUAUGAACGAAUCCACAGUACCUCCCCACCUGCCUAUGCCUCUGCCCAUCUACAGCAUAGCCACCACCGCCCUCAGCACCACAAGCAGUGUCCCAGCCUCGGUGAUAGUCAGCAGCAGCGUAGGCGCAGCCCUGCAGCCGCCUGCCAGCCGAGAGCUGAGCCAGAACCACAACCUGCCGCCGGUGGAGUCCAAAGUACCUCAGUUCUCAGCCGGCCCUCCCCAGCAGGCAAUGGCUUGCCAGUUGCCUUCAGGGCAGCAGAAACUUCCCGGAGCCUCCCCGUCCCAUUCACUACCUCAUCCUUCUGUGGGGGAGAGCCCCCAGCUCCAGCCCACACACCUCUCACAGAUGCAGUCCCCACACCAGUCCCGCCCUCCGUCUCAGCCUCAGCCACUGUCCCGGCCACCGUCCCGGCCUCACUCCAGGCCUCCUUCCCAACCACAGACUUUGUCCAGGCCUCCUUCCGAGCCCCUGUCCCGGUCCUGCACCCCCCAGACCCAGAUGCAGAAUCUGUAUGUGAUUCAGAAUCAGAUUGCUUCCUCUCCUCACGGUCCCAACCAGCAUCCUCUGCGGCCCCCCUCGCAGCCUCAGGUAUCAUUCCAAGCACCACAGGCCCAGCCAGAGGGGCAGCCUCAGCUGGCAACCCCUCCACAUCUGCAGCUACAGGUCCAGCUUGCUCCACAGCUCCAGCCGCAGGCAGAAUCCCAAGUGCAGGCCCGGCUACAGCCCCAGAUUCAGGCUGCAUCUGAGGUCCAGCACACCCAUUCCCCCCAUUUCCAGCUUCAGUUCUCUGCCCAGGGCCCCAUCAAGCCCCCCACCCCGACCCAGGCGCUUCAUCUGACGCCGGAGCAGCAGAGGAGUUUUCAGAUGGUUCCGAAUCAGUUCCAGGCUCUUUCUGCAAUUCCAGCACCCAUACCUCAGCAGAAGCAGUUAAUGGAUCGGUUUCAGCAGAUGCCCCAGGGGAUUAUUCUACAAACGAAGCAGCCAACUUCCACUAGCCAAGCACCGCCUGUGCUGAGCCAGUUCAGCAGCCAGCCCUCCUCAGUCUUGGUUAGCAGCCAAGGACAGCAGGUCACAGUAUCAACAAGCCAGGCACCACCAGUUCACAGCCAUGCUCCUGUGCCUGCCACCGUUCAGCCUUCCAAUGCAGUUUCGAGCAAGGCGGCUCCAGUGCUUGAAAAGGGGCAGGUCCAGAGAGGAGGAGGAGGAGGGCAGCCUGCACAACCUACAUCACUCCUCCAGCAACAAACACCUGUGUUGGUCAAAUCGGCAUCAAUAUCUAUUGCUGCUGCAGCUCCUUCAGAGAGUAAAACAUUUUCCAGCAGCGCCACAACCAUUUCUGGAGGGAAAGCAGCCACUGGGCAAGCAAAACCUGCAGGUCCUCUUGCCAUUCAGCAGCCAGUUCAGACAAAGCCUGGAGUCAUUAGCUCUGUGUCAGGCCUGAAUCUGGGGAAAGGUCCGUUGCAGCUCCAGGUAGUUGGAAAGGGCUUGCCUCAACUCAUGCCUUCAGCCCCAUCCCAAAUCCAGCAGCAGUAUGAGGGCAAGCUUGGAAACCUGAAGAAGCCCCCUCCCAUGCUACAGCCCAGCAAGGAAGCUUGUUUCUUGGAACAGCUGCAUAAACACCAAGGAGCAGUGCUGCAUCCUGACUACAAAACCUCAUUUCGGUCAUUUGAAGAUGCCUUACAGAGGCUCCUACCAUACCACGUAUACCAAGGAACAUUGCCUUCUCCCCAUGACUAUCGGAAAGUAGAUGAAGAGUUUGAAAUGGUGUCUACACAGUUGUUGAAACGCACACAAGCCAUGUUGAACAAAUACCGCCUGCUGCUGUUGGAGGAAUCCCGGAGAGUCAGUCCUUCAGCAGAGAUGGUGAUGAUCGAUCGAAUGUUCAUACAGGAAGAAAAGACCACCUUAACUCUUGAUAAACAGCUGGCAAAGGAGAAGCCAGAUGAGUAUGUUUCCUCAUCUUCGCGGUCGCAGAGUUUUGCUUCUUCUCUGGCUCAGGGUGCUCUGUCCAGCAGUGCCGCUCUGGCUUCUGAGAACCUGAAGGCACCUCCGGUGCAGAUGGCAACCCAGAUCAACCCAACAAAACUGGUCAUCAAGCACAGCGGAGGCUCUCCCUCGGUCACGUGGGCCAAGGCCUCUCCCUCAUUAGAUGGUGACGAGGAUGCCUUGCCCUCCAGGAGUAAGCCGCCCAUCAAAACCUAUGAAGCCCGGAGCCGGAUUGGACUGAAACUGAAGAUCAAACAGGAGGCGGGCCUUAGCAAAGUGGUUCACAACACUGCCUUGGACCCGGUUCACCAGACACCGCCGCCCAUGUGCACAGUGAUCAAAACAGCUGACCAGCACUCGUCGGCUUCAGCCGUUGCCACCACCACUGCCGUCUCAACGGCGGGGCAAAUGAAUGGGACCGUUGAUCAUAUCACAGCAGCUCCAGUGGAGAAAAAGCCCCUUGUGACUUACUGCAGGCUUCCCCUCCGUAAGACCUACCGGGAGAAUGUGGACGCUUUUGUAGCGGAUAAAGCCUCUGACACCUGCCUGAAAGAGAGCAGCCCAAAAGUCGAUAUGGUGCCAAGCACCCUCAUCAUCAAGCAGGACGGGGGCUCCAGGAGCGUCAUCACUUCCCGCAAAACCCACGAGAGCCCCUCCAUGGCUGGGGCAGAGAAGGGCCGGUCAGAGGAGGGUACCAAGCAUACCUUUUUCAACCGGAGCGAUGCCCGGUCCCUCGUGAUGCAAGAGAGCCCCACCCCUCCUAAGACCGACGAUUCAACCAGUGGCCUUAUGAAGGAAUUGGCGGAGGUUGAGGAUGAGUUUUAUCACCGGAUGAUAAAAAUCGAGCCACCUGACCACGGUUCUGCCUCUGAACUCACAUGGGACGUGCCCCUGCCCCCAGCCAAACGCAGAAAGUCAGAGUCUUUCGAUGUGGACAAUGCCAGCUUCUCCAGCGACAGCCCCCCAGAUGACUCGCUCAACGAGCACCUACAGAGCGCCAUUGAUAGCAUCCUGAACUUGCAGCAACCUCAAGCUGGGGGCCAGAACACCCGAGCACCCUCCUCGUCAUACAACUCCUCCUCCUCCCCUUUCUCUUCCCCUGUCCACCGCACAGACGCUUACCUUGCCCCCAAUCACAAUGGCGGCCUUGGAGCAAGGACGUUGAACAGAUAACAGAAAUCUAUACCAAGCAGAGACUGUACAAAGAGAGCCAAGGACUGGAGCUGCUACAGCUUCUGCUGGCUGGGAAACCAAGGUUGGAAGCCAAGGUGCCACUUCCCAGAGACCUGAUAGAAUAGGGCUGAUACCAGAAGGGAAGAGCGGGGAUCUGGGGUGGGGCGGGCAGUGAGAAUGUCCUACAGAGGCUUCAUCCAUCCAAGUGUUUAUAUGAUGGGUUUUGGUUGUUGUAAAGCUGCGGCUGGAUUUACAAUAUACUUGUCUCAUCACAUGCACCAUUUUUAAAGAAGAAGUUCAGCAAAUGCGAGGCAGGCGGGUGGGGGUUGGAUUGGGGGCCCAUAGGUGGUAGUGUUGGCUGUGUAAUAUUUAGAUUCUGUAACAAAUUGCUAAUUUGAAUCUCUGAUGAUAAUUGGGUUUUAUUCCCCGCCCCAAACUCCACACCUAUAUUUUGGACAUUUUCACAAAUCCCAAGCCAGAAGCCAGCGGGGAGGCCAAAGGAAUGGGGUAGGGCAGGGGGACAGCUCCAGAGGAGUUGCCACAAGGGGCAAUUUAUGUAAUUGAUUUUGUGGGGUUUCUUAAGUUAUUUUAAGUAUAAACUGUCUGCUUUUUCUUUCCUUUUUUAACGUAAAAAAAUAGAAUCUGAACAAAAUGCAAAAAAAAGAAGAAGAAAGGAGAAAAGAUACAAACACUAAUGGUUUAAACAAAGAAGUGUGGGUUGAGUUUACAAAUAAGCCCUUUUUAAAGAGGAAGCCAGUCCCUCCCCAGAUAUCCAUGGGUCUGGUUAACGCAGUCAGGAUGAGUGAAACUAGGAAAGUUCUGGCAAGAGGGUGUACAUUUCUCUCUAACGUCUUCCCUCCCCCCCCCCUUUUUUAAAAUAAACCAACCUGUCAACCUUUUGUCAAAAGAAAUCUAUUCAAGAUGCCAGAGGUGUACAGUUGGUUGGGCAUUCCCAAGAGAGGGGACUUGGAACCCCAGCCAGGCACGGGCAGGAAGCCAAGCAAGUUUUCUCUUUGACUUCUUUCCUCCUUUGCAGCAGCUGCCAGGUUUUCCUCUCUGGUUGCAUCCUGUGGCUUCAGUUUCCCACCUUGGUUUCUUCCAUUUUUAAAACUACAGCAUUGCACCUCUCAUCUAUCCUUCUGCUUCCUGCAUGUGGACAAAAGUCAUGUGAUAGGAUGAGAAUCCUUUAGUGAAACUGUCAGUGUCUUCCUCUUGCUAGCUGGGGGAUAAGAUAGCAGUGUCUGGGGGGCUUGUUAACAUAGCUCUGCUCCCUUCUCUCUCUUGGCUGUUGCAUUUGUUACGACUUUUGACUUGAGAUCUCCCAUUUUAUUUUCCUAUCAGUGAUUCUCAUUUUGUCUACUCUUGAUAUCUACACCCCCAAAACAAAAAUAAUUAUGUGUGCAGGAUUUAUGCAAGUGUUUUACAAGCAAGUCACAUGCUGGUAGGGCAACCUUGCUUUCAGAUUCUUAGAUUACCUCUGGCUUUAUUCACAGAAAAACAAAGAGCUAAGCAUUCCCCACAUUACAGCACUGAGUUGUGUGGGAACAGAACAGCUAAGGUAGGACACGAUCCUUGGUUAGCCGCAGCUUGGCAAAGCUUAGACUUGAUCGCAUGAGAGAUUGGUAUGUAGAGAGUGGCGUACAAAUGAAGCAGUAUGAGAUCUGCCGUCCCAAGUCUUCCAUUCAAGACUCUCUCCUUUUCCUUGACAGGUGGCAGUCAAGUAUUCUUUAAAACUGUUAGUAUUCUUUAAAACUUGCACUGGACCUGAAAAUACUGGAUUUCUUGUCAUUGAGUCCUCUGCAUGAUGGAAUCUGCAGCUGCAACCUUCACGCACGAUCACUUUGGGCUCCUUCUUCUUCCACAACUAGUUUCCUUGUCCCUGCAGGACAUUUUGCCACUUUGCUUAGGUGCCAUCUCAGGCCUUUGGAAGUGCCAUCUCUCUCGUUUCUCUCCUCUGUGGUGUAUUAAUGUUCUUUAGUGCCACAUACUCUAUAGGGACGAAUGCUCUUCCACCUGAAAGUGUUCCUGAAUUGGUGUUUGUUUAGGAGGUGUCUCUUAGCCUGCUUCAGAGAGUGAACCAGGGAAGUCUUCACUUCCUCCACUGCUGGAUUGUGUGAGGAGAAGACUUCAAAACAGGCUUGGAGGUGGGUUGUCAGCAGACAGUCUUCUGUUUGGGGAAUUUUGAGUUAGCACAGAACCAUUUGGCAGACAAGUUGGAAAGGUAGCAGCCUUGGCUUUUUAAAGAGCAAGGGUGAUUGUUAAUCAAGUAUUUUUGUGACUUAGUGUAGAAGCUUGUUGUAAACAUGGUUAGGACUUGGCCUGAGUGGAAAACAGGGCAUUGAUGAGUAGAAAUUGGUUCUAUAUUAGAGGUGGUGCCGACUCCAGAAAGCUGGACCACUUCUCCCUUAUUUGCAAUCACAUAACUUUAUCCUUGCUGUGGCUUAAACUGUGAAAUAAUUCUGCAUCUCCUUGUUGAUGAGUUUUUCAUAACUUGAAGGUUUAUAUACUCUCCCACUAAGGAAAGGUGAUGAAAACUUACUACAUUUUUCCUAUUUUGAAUCUCUCCUUGAUCCCAGUACAGCAACAUGAGCCGGUACCUAAAGAUCAAAAAAUUGUAUUGUUUUGCAUAUGGACCUCAAGAGUAAAUGUCAGCUAGAGUUGCUGCCCUUUAGGUUUUCAGAUGGAACUGUCAGGGUACUCCAUGGCACAUUGCAGAUCACUCUGGUGUAAUGAUUCUUCCAAAAGCCUGUUACAACACAGUGUUGCAGUGGAGCUCCAGAAGGGCGGUGCUUGGUUUAAUUCUCAAAGUCUUCAACCUUAUGGGGGUUUCCCCCAUUUAAUUCACACUCUUCCAGACUAAUCCUCAAAUGACAGACUGGAUGCAAAAACAAAUGCAGACCAUAUUUUCCUGCUUACAGGUGCCAAAACUCCCCUCUGGUUAUGUCUGUGUCCUCCUCACCACCACGCGUUAGAGACAGGUUUCUUCUGCCUUGAGCCUUCUGUAUUAUAUCCAAGAGAGCAUAAAAGCGAGAAUGUGGUGUGUGCACUUUUGCUCAGCCCACUGUGUGCAAACACAACGCAUGUGAAGAUAUGUUAUCCUAGAGUUCAUAGCCUGCAGAGCCAUACUAUAUCAUUAGUAUGUGCAUGUAGAAAUCAUCAUGGUUUUGCAAAUAGGAUAAUUUUCUACAUAACUGAAGGAGUGACAGAGCACCCAAAAAAAAAAAAAUCACUAUCCGGAUUCAGCGCCUGCUUCAUUGUAUGAAUGCCCUACUGACUAAGGGAGUAUAGCUGGUGAAGAAAGAAAGGGGUAAAAUUGUUUGUGUUUCUUCCGUAGUUCAUGGCCCCCAUUUCCUAAUGUUUUGUACUCUUCGCAGUCUUGAAAGUUUACUUUCCUCACUCUCAUCCUGUCAGGGAGAAGGACUCUCCAUUGUUGUUUCAGAGUUGAGUCGGAAACGCAACAUAUACUGUUGUGCUUUUAGCUCACCAGACUGUUAAGGGCGUGUUUGGAUUCCUACUGAGUACAAUUCAGUCGUGAGAAUCCAGUGCAUACCGUAAUUUUGCUGUUUGUGCCCCUUUUGGCUACCGUAGGUCUGUCUUCUUCCCAGACUAGUUAUGCUACCUAAAAUCAAAGCAGACACGCAUACCUUAGCUUACAGCUUGCGAAGCAAUGGGUGUGCUGCCAAAGAAUUCUGCUUUCUUUAUUCUCAAGCAGGGCCUGUACGCUCAUUAUUUUCAGAGUUGCCUAUUAGCAAACAGCCAGCUUUAUCAAACUACCAAAAUUGGAUUUCUUCCUCUGUGCCACUGCAUCCCACAUUCCCUGCUUGUAGAAGGAAAUAAAAGAAAUA